ACGCGAAUAUCGUCUGUCUGACGUAUUGCUUGAUAAUCCGAUGUCGAAAAAUGAAAUUUCAACACAUCGGGUCUGUUUGCUGAAUUGGCUGCAUUCAGAGUUUAUCUUUUUCCUUCCAAUGUAAAGUAAAAAAAAAAAUAGGAAGCGUGUGCUACAGUGAUGGCAUAACUGAACAUGAUUGAUUGCUUAUCGUAGAGCUUGGCAGAUCUGCUCAGUGGGAGUGGGUGUUGUUGUCGAGUCGAAAAGAUAAACUCUGAACCAUCAGUGCAGUCAGUUCAGUAACAGAAAACAGAUCCAUCCUGUGCAUCGCGAUGGUAUAUCCGUAGAAUGACGCGACUUCUAAUAUCCGAUACGGUAUUAUAAAUGAGGAGGAUUGCGUUAUUCUAGAAUAAGACCACACUAAUUCAAUGGAAUUAAUCUUUUUUUUAGUUGUUGUGACAGUAUUCUUCUCGGAGUGCGAUAUUUUAAAAAGAUUGCCGUUGCCUACAUUCAAGGGGAUUAAAGUCUCUCUCUCUAUUAUUUGUUAUAGUAGAUCGAGGACCUAUUUUAUCGAGACAAAACCAUUGCAGAAUCCAGCCGGUUUCCGUAAUCGACAGUUUCGCUCUGGACACACAUAGUUGUUUAUCAAGCGAGACCAAGUUUGUUUUGUGAAUUCGCAUCGAUAGUUUAACAAUGUGUCCACCAAGUACCGUACUUUGGUGCUACGUGCUUCUGCUCGUUGCUUCGUCCUCGAAGUCCUUGGAGUCUCUGAAAAAUUCUAUAAACAACGAUGAACAGAGAGGCAACCCGACAGUGCGGCAUGAUCUUUUUGAAAACUCUAUGAAAGAUCGAGACGACGAAGUGUACAAUUUGCGCGAAAAUUCUACCAAGAAUGACGACAAAACGCGGCACGAACCUUAUAUUAAUUCGAAUGAAGCAUGUGACCACGAGACCUGCAUUCAGCUCUGCUGCCCUUUCGGUGAUCGUCUAACGUCAGGGAAAAAGUGCGUCGCUGGGCAGAAUAAUUACUCUUUUCCAGACGUCUAUAAUCAAAACAAUUCCGUGAGUAAGAAGCUGGACGAGUUAUUUCAACUGACCGUCAACCAUCCGUGCGUUCUGCAAGGAAGUGCGCACCGUAUUCUUGAUCCCGACGAGUACUCGUUUCUCGUCAACGGCUCUUUAUAUUAUCGAGAUUCUGGCGAGCUCGUUCCAUCGACGUCUUACUGCCUCGGCGCCUUCGAUCGGAACACUUAUGAUGCGGUUAUUUGCUUGGAUCAAAUUGGCUUUCCAACAUAUAUACCCAUAUACCUCCUGCUGACCUUGCCGUUCCUGGUGCUGACGUUUGUGAUAUAUUCCAUAUUGCCCGAGCUUCGAAACCUACACAGCUAUACGUUGCGCGUACAAGUCGCCUCGUUAUUCACCACAAACGUGGUUAUAUAUUUCAUCCAAGAGAUCCCUGAAUUAUCUGAAUGGCCAUAUUGCAUUCCAUUGGCCUACAUUUUUCAUUUCUCAAUGUUAGCGGCUUGCUUUUGGUUGAACGCAAUGUGCAUCGACAUUUGGUGGACGUUCAGAAAACUCGAUUUACAAUCUGCACACGGAAAGAAAAAGAAAAGGAAAAUCAUGAUAUACUCUAUCUAUGGAUGGGGAGUCACUUUCAUUCUCACAGCUGUCUGUGCCAUCAUGGAUCAUACUUCCGGCAUACCGAAAAGCUGGAUUCGACCGGAAAUGUGCAAGAGAAAAUUUUGGUUUGGUCCGAUUGAUGCAUUCUCAGUGUAUUAUUACGGACCCACGGGUAUCGCUUUUGCUAGCAACUAUUGCUUCUUCAUCGCCACGGCACUAGCGAUUCUGUACCAUAAUAAACAUACUGCCCAUCAGCUGAGAGACUCAGAGAGCCGGUCCUACGAUAAAAAAAAGCGCAAGUUUAGUAUGUAUCUGAAGCUGUUCAUUGUGAUGGGAGUAAGCUGGAGUUUGGAUGUAAUAUUGUGGUUCGUCAACACCAGCAUUCCCAUACCGACGACCAUUUGGUAUAUCAGCUACAUGAUAGACAUUUCGCGAGCCUUCGUCAUUUUCAUCGUAUACGUGUGCAAAAAGAAAGUCUUGCAGCUGUUGCUAAAACGAUUCGGUUGGCAGGGUCGCGGUCCGUUUGGGAAUGUUUCAUUAUACACUCAUUCUACUACGUCCUCGAAUAUGUCCCAUCGGAACUCAUCGACAUCGGGAACAUCCAUGAAAGAUAUCGACCCUUCUGUCAGUCAGCAGACUGAUCCUAAUGUCGAAUCCAAUGCAAGAUUAUAGGAGAAUUCUAUUAUGGAUGUUAAUAGUUAAUUAGCAUCAUAAUUUAAUUCUCCAAUCAAGGAUUGAUCUUACAUUAUUAUGUCUCCCUUUGGAUAUACUGAUUUGUAUAUUUGUAAAACAUUCCAUGAAAGUCCCGUAAAGUUUAUAUGUAGUUAUUAUAGAAUUGUUACGUUACAUAAAUAUAUGUAAAUCGCUAUUAAUAUGUUAUAUAUAAUAAUAAAGAAGUUUCUU